AUGAAUACAGCUAUAAUGGAAAGUUAUGAGCUCGAAGAAAUGGUGGUAGCAGAAGAUGUUCAAGGAGCAUUACUGAAUAAUGAGCAAAAGGAGGAAAGUGAUUACAAGUUAGCAGUCAGGCACAGAAAACCUGGACGACGUUUACGGCUUUACUUUUGUUGUAUAUUGUUUUCUUCGCUUUUGUUUGCAACGAUACUUGUCCUAUUCAGUUCGUAUAUAUUCCAUCCUUCAAAUACAAAAACUCAAUCAAAAGAAAACGUCGAAAUCGAACUGAUUUGGACUAGCGGUUUUCCAAAAUUGUUAACCGAAACAGCUUUUCGUCUAGUUGAUUGCAAUUCUGAUGGUAUACUCGAUGUUAUCUUGGGUUAUGGCACAGGCGUGGACACUUUAGCCGAUAAUCAAUUGCUAUGUGAUCUUUAUUUCGAUGGAAUUUCUCCAUGUAAUGGAGGCGUGAAAGCUUUAGAUGGUCGUAACGGACAACUUUUAUGGAGUUACAACAAAUCCAAUCACGAAGUGUUUGCGUUGAAUUGUCAACGAGAUAUCGAUGGCGAUCAUAUUCCGGAUUGUUUAACUGGUGGACGAGGAGGAACGUUCGAAGCUAUCAGUAGCAAGACAGGUUCAUUGAUAUGGACAUUUGAUAAUGAUAUACGCAAUGCAACGAUGAACUUUUAUACACCAUUAUAUUUAGAAAAGGAUUUUGAUAAUGAUGGUGUCAAUGAUGUUAUUACUGUGCAUGGUGGUGAUCCCAUACGAAAACCACACGAUGUAGUUAGAUUAGCAGGCGAAGUGCUUCUGAUUAGUACAAAAACUGGUAAACUAUUAAAUAUGUCGAUCGUUCCUGAUCGAAUGGAAUCUUAUUAUUCUCCUCAAUUAUUGAAAAGAUCUGGCAAGGAAGAAUACAUACUUAUUGGAACCGGUGGAGAAACACAUGGUGGAGCUCUAUAUGCACUCGAUCUUAAAUGUUUUAGAGAAUAUUGUGCAACACCGUACACUGAAAUCAUCAGGGAUAGGUUUAAAGGUGUGAUGACACCUCCGGUCCUCGUUGAUGUGAAUGACGACAAAAUCGAAGAUAUCAUUAUUCCUUUGUAUAAUUCGACUCUAUUUGCAUUUGAUGGAAAAACGUUUAAACAGCUGUGGAAACGAACUUUUCUCAGUUCGGAAACGUACAGCUCACCUGCAGUUGGAUAUUUCAAUGAUGAUGAUACGCCAGAUAUAAUGAUUCAUUAUCAAACCGGACCUGGGUAUCCGUUGUAUUAUAGUGCACAAACAACUAUUCUUGAUGGUUUGACAGGUAAAACAAUACUCGAUAAACCAAUCGAACAAACUAUCGGCGUUCAAAGUUCUCCAUUAACUGUUAGUUUCAAACAACGUGGACAUGACAUGUUCAUUUAUUGGAUGGGUGAAUGUGACGGGAUUGAUAAUAAUGUUGAUGAUAGAAAAAUAGACUAUGAUAAAAAUACACCGAGUGCUCUUCUUUCACAUGCUGAUAUGUGUAAAUUGAGAUACCAAACAACGAGUUUUACUGCGCUUCAUGGUUUAACACAAUCUAUGAAACCACCUGGUGUUCUCAUCUACAAUUCAAAUCAUCAUGUAGCUAUUGAACGAAGUACUGCUCAAUCCAGUUCAAUCGAUAUUAAGAGAUUUCUUCAACAACAUCCUGAACAUGCGUCGACAUAUCGAUCGUGGGUACGAUUGGAUAAUUACAUGGAGGGAAAACAAACGGAAGAUCCAAAUCGACCGUCUGCAUCUGAUGAGACCAGCGGCGAAUUUGCAUUGAACGACGAGAAUAAAGAAAAUACCGAUUUUCGUGUAAUUCGAAAGAGACACAAGCGGCAUGUGGGUCCACACGAUAAUGGUGGAUUACAGCGAACGAUUUCGACUGGAACAUUGGCACCUUCAUUCGAGUUGAAUUCCAAAUCAACGAUCGAUUUGAUUUUUGCAACCUAUUGGAUUCAUUCGGAUACAUCUACACUAUUGCACGCAGAUGAACGGGCUUGUAUCGAAGAAGGCAUGGCGAAAGAAGAAGAUCGACUAAAACCAACAAAUCCAAUUGUAUACGGAAUGGAUCAUGAUGCAUAUGAACAUUACAUAGAAGAAAUCUGUACAAACAAAACUCGCUUACGUGAGACAAUACUGAAAAUAUCUCCAGAUUUAAUCGAUCAAGUGCAAACAUCGAUGUCAAAUCCAUUCAAAAAACAACUAGGACAAUUAACUGUUUAUCGUUUUCGACUUCGUUUUCAGAAUAUGAAAUGUGAACGAAAUGAUUCCUCGACUUGUCAAGUGACUAAUGAAAAUGAUAAUCUUCUACCAUAUAAGCAACAAAUUUGGCCAGCUUACAUGGGAAUCAAUGGUGAUUGUCAUGCCAAUAAUCGAAUUUAA